AUGUAUUCACAAUCGACCAUACCCGCUACCCCGAAAUCCAUUCACGCCUAUGCUACCACACCUUCAAGACCCCUGUCCCACCAGUCCCGCAACAAUAUCUCCACGAAUUCUCACUCUCCGCAUAUAAAUACCACCUACUCUUCUCCAAACCCCCUUCUCGACAUCACGCAUAUUCGUGUGCGCUCUCAAGGCCAUCACUGCUUGUAUCCUGGUGCUCUGUUCCAGGGUACACAGAAAAGCGGUAGGAAUAGCUACGAAGUAAAUGUCAACAUCGUUGAUGUAGACUUUUCUUCCUCGUUUCUUUGCGGAUACCUCCGCAUCCGCGGUUUAACAGAUGACUGGCCUGAAUUGACUACUUAUUUUGAUGCAGAAAUCAUAGGCAGUCGUUAUGGAUUCUUGACCCAAAAUUGGGGCGCCAAUGAACAAGAGGACAUGGUUCACUGGCAGCGCUUCCCUGCAUUCCGACAUGUAAAAAACGAGUUAAAAAGGCCUAAUCUGACCAUCCCCGAUCGCGAUCGUGGCGCAGUCUUCAUGAGAUGGAAGGAACGGUUCUUGGUACCCAAUCACAGAGUACAAGAUAUCAAUGGUGCAAGCUUCGCAGGCUUUUAUUAUGUUUGUGUCGAUUUCAAUCCCCAGCCUCCUUCAUCCGCCUCUACGCUUCGUCCGGUCACACAGUCUGUUCCGCUCGAGAAGGACGGAAUUAAUGAUCUGCCGUUGUCCCAUUCGCCGUCCCUCGGGAAAACGGAGACAAUCCCUACUGUGCGGAAGCGGAGGGAUUCUAGCGUCAGAGGAGGAGGUCGAGGCCUAUCAGUUGGCCCACGAUCGCAUCCUCCUGCUGCAACAAUGAGCGGAUUUUAUUUCCAUCAGAAUUCUGAACCAUAUCAACAGUUGUCACUUAGUCAUGUCCCGGAACGCUUUAGCUCCAGCUUUGAGUUUCGAUGA